AUCAAGUGACUCCUCAAGUAGCACUACUCAAUUCUACUUCGCUUCCAUUGAUCUCUCUCUUUGAAACUUGGCAUCAUGAGCCCUACUCCUACUAUUCCCUCCGAACCCAUCCCAUCAGAGCUCAACACAUUCUCCUCCGUCCCUGAGUCUCAUGUUUGGUCUAAAACCGAGGAUUUCGCAUCCAACGAUCAAAAAUCAAUUCCCAUUGUCGAUCUCACAGACCCUAAUGCUUCAGACAUUCUAGGCCAGGCAUGUGAGAGUUGGGGCAUUUUCCAACUCACAGGCCAUGGGAUUCCUGAAGAACUAGUGGAGCAAGUUGUGUUCCAGGCACAACGAUUUUUCGCUCUACCCACUGACCAGAAAAUGAAAGCUGCAAGACUUCCUGGUGAUAUUGCUGGAUAUGGUGUUAGUCCCUUAUCGAAAUUCUAUGAUAAGGGCUUCUGGAAUGAAGGAAUUACCAUGAUGGGUUCACCUCUUGAUCACGUUAAGAAAGUCUGGCCUGACGAUUACCAGCAGUUCUGUGAUGCUAUGGAGGAGUAUCGAGCCAAAAUGACUGAGCUAGCAACCACCCUCGCCAAUCUGGCUUUCAGUUCAUUCAACGUAGCUGAAGAAAAGCUCCAGUGGCUGAACACGCCAGGCUAUGCAGGUGUGCAUCUGAACCAUUACCCUCCUUGUCCCAACCCGGACCGAACCAUAGGUCUGGCGGCUCACACCGACAACACACUCCUAACCAUAGUGCAUCAGAGCGGCGCAGAUGGCCUCCAAGUUUUUGAAAAAAGCGUUGGUUGGGUGUUAGUGAAGCCUGUCAAAGGAGCAUUCAUAAUCAAUGUUGGUGAUGUUCUGGAAGUCCUAUCGAACGGACGGUACCCGAGUGCUCUUCAUCGUGUGAUGGUGAACCAGGCAUUGCCCCGCAUCUCGGUGGCCUAUUAUAUUGGCGUUGGACCUGAUCUUGAGCUCUCACCUCCUGAUGAGGUAUUGGAAUAUACUGGUGGGAUAAAACGGUACCGUUCUAUGCCUGCAGGAGAGUACAUGGGAUUGAAGUUGAAGAAUCUUGACCAGAACCCAGUUUCUUUGCUGGGAAUUUGAUUAGCAAGUGUAAUGAGUUAUUCCCAAUAAUUAAUUAGUUGGUGAAAGGUUUGUCUAAGUAUGUUUGUGUGAAAUCAUUGUGUCAGUGUCUUUGUACUCCCAAUAAUGUGGUUAUGGGGUCAUAUCUCACCGCA